UGUACCUGUCAUCUGUCAGAGCACCAACCUAACCUAAAAAUUAACGAAAACUAUUUGAAAAUAUGUAAACAAUCAAGUAAUUUUUGAAAUUAGUUACAAAAUGAAGACUGUUAAUGAGAUAAAUAUAAACGUUGACAACUACAGAAAAUUGGUCCAAACAUAUAUCGACCUGCAUGUUUACACUGCCGCAUUAUUUUGGGCUGAUAAAGUUGUAGCAAUAACUGGAAACCCAAGAGAUGUAUACUGGCUAGCCCAAUGUAUGUAUUUAUUGAAACAGUAUCAUCGUGCUGCCCAUUUACUGAAAUCUAAGAAUCUCGAAAAGUCGAAUAUUCUCUGCGCAUAUUUGACAGCUAAAUGUCUGUACGAUGCUGGUGAACUAAGUGAGGCACUAAAAGUAAUAAACACCAUUGACAUUUUCAAUUUCAACAAAGAUGCCUCUUCUCUCUACAUGUCCACCGUAGAAUCUACAUUAUUCGACGAUGCUCCAAAGAAUCAAUCUUUUUCGUCAUAUCUGUUACUCAAAGGCAAAAUCCUGGAAGGAAUGGAUAAUCGAGGAUUGGCUGCUGAUUGUUACCAGCAAGCUCUUCACCAUGACGUUCACUGCUUUGAAGCUUUUGACUCAUUGAUAAAGUAUCAGAUGCUCACAUCUGCUGAAGAAGAAGGUCUGCUGAAAUCUCUCCCCAUAUCAGAGCAAUGUUCGCCAGAAGAGGCCGAGAUUCUGAAGACCCUAUACGAGUCGAAGCUCAAGAAAUACCACACACCCACCCUUCCCAAACCUAACGAAAAUAGAAUAUUAUAUGGUAACACACCCUGCAUAUCCAACAACAGAAUUUUGAACAUUAUGAACUUAACCCCUGACCCAACUCGAUCCCUCCCCAUCACUCCGUGUACCAUAGUAACGCCCACCGUUAACAGUACCCCAAAUGUGGCGAGGAAUAACGAUAGAAACUUGAAGAAAAACGAAUUGCAGAAAUUGAAGACCAGCAACAGUCAAUCGAUGCAGACGGAGACGUGUGAAAGCUCCACUUUGAUCAAGUUGAGAAACAGUCUGGAUUUGCAAGUUGCUGAGGCCGAGAGAAUGUAUUACAAUUGCGACUAUCAGCAGUGUAGUUUGCUGACGGAGGCUAUUUUGAAAAUAGAUCCGUACCACGAUGCCUGCCUGCCAAUACACAUUUCUUGCCAAGUUGAACUGAAACAGAGUAACAAAUUGUUUCUUUUGGCCCACAACCUAGUUGACCUGUAUCCAAACCUGGCCCUCUCAUGGUUCGCAGUGGGCUGUUAUUAUUAUAUAAUUGGUAAAAGUGAUUGUGCGAGGAGAUAUUUAGCAAAAGCCACGUGUCUCGAUAGAUUGUUUGGGCCUGCAUGGCUUGCAUAUGGACAUUCUUUUGCCAUAGAAAAUGAGCACGAUCAAGCCAUGGCGGCGUAUUUCAAAGCUUCCCAACUGAUGAAAGGGUGUCAUCUCCCUCUAUUGUAUAUCGGCUUAGAAUGUGGUCUAACCAACAAUGUUCGAUUGGCCGACAGAUUCUUUCAGCAAGCACAGAACAUUGCGCCAGACGAUCCUUUCAUCAUGCACGAAAAGGGAGUUAUUUCCUUUCAAAAUUUGGAUUACGAAUCUGCCGAAGUUCACUUCAGAGAUGCUUUGAGAAGGGUGAAAAAAAUCAAAAAAGGCAUCGUACCUCAGAGGUGGGGCCCUCUGUUGAAUAACUUGGGCCAUACUUGCAGAAAAUUGAAGAAAUAUGAAGAGGCGCUGGAGUUUCACAACCAGGCGUUGUUGCUAACCCCCCAGUCCUCCAGUACAUAUUCCGCAUUAGCUUAUGUUCAUGUACUGACAGGAAACUAUGAACAAGCAGUCGAAUGGUUCCACAAGGCUUUAGGGCUCAAACGGGAUGAUACCUUCAGCACGACCAUGCUAAAUUAUGUUCUAGAACAGCUCAUCGAAGAAAAACCGCCAUAUCCAGACUGUCCAACUGAAAUUCCGAAAUUCAAUAUCAGGUCGAAAGUAUCAAAUACCGUUGUUAGUGAGAACAUAACCGAGGACGCGAGUUCCGUCAUACCAAGCGUUAAUAAUGACAUGUCCGAUAUGAGCAUGAGUAUAGAGGUAGACAUGGAUGCAAGUGAUAUAGUUAAGGAAUGAAUCUGAAUGAAGUUGUUUCAAUUUGAAAUAAAAUUUAAUUAAGUAUCAA